CUUCAGACGUCGUAUCACUUGAUCAUACCUAACACGGCUUGUCGCGGUUCACGAUGUCCGCUGGAGUAGUAAUACAUAUAUGAUAGCGGGGUUCUUAGCUUGCGAGGUCGGUCGGUCCCUUAAAAUAUUUAGUCUACCAGCGCCUCACCGCCGUCGCAAUUUAUCUUCGAUGACUACCACCUAAACAGUAAUCAAUUGCUCGUCUGGUAGCUGUGACCUGGCUUGGAUUUCAGCCGGCCUUUCGUUCCUUUUCUUUCUUCUUGAGCGUUCCGCGACCAGCUGAAGGGCUACUACUCCAGACGGCAGCAGGGUAACAUGUCGGCUUCGCUACCGGGCAAUCGCGAGCUGCCCGAGUCGCAGUACGAUCUCAGCACGUAUCUGGGUCGCGUGAAGCAGACGGCGAGUAUUACAGAUCCGAGAACCCUUUUUGCUGGAAAGCAGGGCCUUGAGGAAGCGAAGAGUCUGCUUGUCAAGUACAAGAAUGGAGAGAUCAAGAGCAUGAACUCGGAGUUGUGGAAGGCGAAGAAGGUUGUGGAUUCUACGAUACAUCCCGAUACGGGCGAGCCAGUUCUCCUACCCUUCCGCAUGUCAUGCUUUGUGCUGUCGAACUUGGUGGUUACGGCGGGUAUGCUCACACCUGGUCUUGGAACGGCUGGAACGAUCGGCUGGCAAAUAGCCAACCAGUCCCUCAAUGUUGCGAUCAACAAUGCGAAUGCGAACAAGUCCUCACCUCUGUCUUGGGGAAAGAUUGCGCAAUCAUACUUCCUAGCCGUCGGCGCGUCGUGCUCGGUGGCUGUGGGACUCAACGCGCUGGUGCCCCGUCUCAAGCGCAUUUCUCCUGCGACACGGACAACUCUUGGUCGUCUUGUGCCCUUCGCUGCCGUUGCAACCGCUGGUGCCCUCAACGUGUUCCUCAUGCGUGGUGAGGAGAUGCGCGUUGGUAUCGACGUGUUCCCCGUGCUGUCCGAGGCCGACAAGGCCAAGCUGGCUGCUGAAGGCAAGGCCGAGAACGACGUCCCCUCGCUCGGCAAGAGCAAAAAGGCUGCCACGCUGGCAGUCUCCGAAACAGCCCUCAGCAGAGUGUUGAACAGCAGUCCUAUCAUGGUCAUCCCGCCAUUGGUCUUGGUCCAGCUGCAGAAGAGGGAGUGGUUGAAGAAGAACCCCAAGUAUACCACGCCGGUCAACUUGGCCUUGAUUCUGGGUAUGAGCUAUGUUGCUCUUCCGUUGGCUUUGGCCGCGUUCCCUCAGAGGCAGCGCAUCAGCGCCGAGAGCCUGGAAGAGCAAUUUCACGGGCGGGGCGGCGAGGCUGGCAUGGUCGUGUUUAACCGCGGCAUCUGAGUUUGGAGCAUGGAUGAGCACUAGGUUUACCACGAGGGAGACGGGGUAACUCAAUCUUGCAUCUUGCGAGCUUGCAUUGGACGGCGUUUUUCUGACAGGCAAGACAUUUUUUCGGGGUCGAAUAGCUUUGGCCUACGACUGCUUCGAGUGCUUCGAGUGAGGCGUUGGAGGUGUCUUCCAGAGGGGUUUGAAACAAAUCCAUAGUCCAGAUCGGGACUGCUAUGCACUGGAUAUGCCAAUCCCUAGAUAUCUUGUUGUUUUCCGAUAUCGUAUUUUUGAUAAUGAAAUCUAACGGCCCAAACAUUGACCGCCGCCAACUGUUGGCUUUAUGCACUACUGCGCACAUGCAUGGCUACAGGACGAGACUGUUGU